UUAAAAAAAUUGUCUCUAAUUAUAAUCAUAAUCGGUUAUUAAGGGAUUUCAAAAGUGCUCGAAUGGGACGACUGUAGCGCCUCUGGUGACUGGGUAUGCGCAACACGACCGGCAGGAAAACGUCAAAACAAAUCGCUUGGAGAAGCUUCUUUGCGCACCACUUUUCCGUGCUUUUACACGGAUUUUCCUCAAUUUUUGCAACUUUUCGUAUUGCUAAAGGCAAUCACAAACCGUCAAGAUGACGAUCGGGAAGAACAACAAGAUGAUGCAGCACCUCAACUACCGCGUGAGGAUCAUCCUGCAGGAUUCGCGAACCUUCAUCGGCACAUUCAAGGCCUUUGACAAGCAUAUGAAUCUCAUUCUCGGCGACUGCGAGGAGUUCAGGAAGAUCAGGCCCAAGAAUAGUAAACUGCCGGAGAAGGAGGAGAAGAGAGUGCUGGGAUUUGUGUUGCUGCGUGGCGAGAAUAUCGUCUCGCUCACCGUUGAGGGUCCUCCGCCGCCUGAGGAGGGUCUUCCGCGCGUUCCCAUUCCGGGAGCGGCUCCGGGACCGGGUGUGGGCAGAGCUGCUGGGCGCGGGAUGCCAGCCAGCGUGGCGGCGGUGCCGGCAGGGCUUCAGGGACCUGUGAGGGGUGUUGGUGGCCCGUCGCAGCAGCACAUGGCGCCGGCGGGGAGAGGCGGACAAGUGGCUGCGCCGCCCAUGAGACACAUGCUAGCCGGACCGCCGCCUGGACUUAUGCCCGGCCUUCCGCCAAGCAUGGGGCGCGGCGCCCCCAUCCGCGGACCACCACCAGGCAUGAUGAGAGGAGCCCCGGGCGCCCCGCCCAGGGGACAAGGCGGUAAUUACUAAAGAUUUGUCAGAGAUUUGUGAAGAUUGCAAGAAUAAAGCGCAUUUGGAAUUCGAA